ACCAUAUAUAAAACAACUACUCGAUAUAAUCUUUCUUGGUAUUAUUUUUAUUGCAGGCACAUGCAAACGAUGCAUGAAGACCGACCAAUCCUAUUCUAGAGAAACCUCGCAACAACAAUGAAUGGUUGGUGUGAUGCGACGUGAGGUCAUCAAGGAAGAAAGUCACCGACGUGUAUGGUCAAGAUCUACCUAAAGCAAAUCCUACCCGUGUUAGACGGCUCAGAUUCUCUCAACGGCUAUUGUAAUACUUAUUUCAUGAUCCAACAGUUCACAUUAACUCGGCGGUGACCGUCCUACAAUGUUUCCCGGGACUUGUGUUGUAUUGCGCGAGUGCAAUGUAAACUUGAAGGCUAUACCAUAAAACAAAUAAACAAAAUAAUUAGUGUAAAACAAAUAAAUAAUUAGAAAAAUUAAAUUCUAUAUUAAACAAAAUAAUACACAUUAUUAUUGGUGGUUUCGUUUAUAAAAGGAAGCAGCAGUGCCAGUUCCUAGCAAAAGGUUAUAGGGUUCUUUAGAGUGAGCGAGAGUACAUUUUUUUGGUGUAAUCGAGAGUAUAUUUUCAUCAAACGAUCUCUAGGAUCUUGUAAUGGAAGUUUAAAUAUUAACAUGUUUUAGAAACUUUCUUUUUCUCCAUUUUUAUCAACUUAUAGGGCUUUCGAUCGUAAUAUUUGGUAGAUCGUUGCCAUUAAAACGCAUAUACACAAGUAUUAUCUUUCUCUGAUCUCCCUUGUUUUUCUUGUGCGAUAUCUUCUUAAAAAUCAUCUUCUCGUCUUUGUUUUAUUAUUUUCGAAAUAUUAAUCGAUGGAAACAAUAUCUAUGAACCAUUCACCGGGUAAACAAGUUUCGGGCUUGAGACCAUUCAAGAACCCUAGAAGGAGGAGUUCUCGUGGUAAGCCUUCACGUUCCGGCGGAAGUUUGGCUCCACCGAUCAAUCCAACGUUUUCUUGGGGAUCUUCACCAGCGUAUCCUCCUCCUUACUACUCGGAGCCUCCUCUUCAACGUCUCAACAGCUCUUCUCUCUCUCCUCAACAAGUCAGCAGCUCUCAACCACGAGUCAGGAGCUCCACUAUCCCGCGAGCUCAGGCAAGAGGUACAAUGUUUGAAACACUGCAGAAGAAAGUAGACCCUAAAGUAGAGUACAUUGAAACUGUACCGGGACUAGCUAGAACCGGUUCGGUUCCGGUCCGGUCUAACCACCCGCGUGAUUUCCCGAAAGGAUUUGAUGGUUAUCCCGGUCCAGCGAUCAUGUUACUAUCUCCUCCGCCGAGUAGUUUGCCCAUACCUAGGUUUGCGAUCAAACCGAAGCAUCGUUGCAACGCAGAAGCUGCCGGGAAAGUGAAUGACGUAGCCGCCGAUAACAUACGGCCAGCUUUACAGCUCCGGUGAAAGUGGUGCUACGUUAACGUUGACGAUAUUACAAAUAAUAUCAUCCCAUAUGAGACUUAUGGUCUUGGGUCUGUCUUGUUUUUAAAGUGAUAGAACUCUCUCCUUUUGUGUGAUUUGCUAAGCCGUAACUUUUUUAAAGGCUCCGCUAGCACAAAGUAGCCUUGCUAGAAUAUAUUUUCUUGUUUUGUGUUUCCUCUUUUUAUCAAUA